UAAUCUGACAAACCGUCAAAAUCCUCCGUCUCUCGCACGCGAUUUCACAACAAUCCCAAACAGGGAACACGUUUAAUUUUCAGUUUUUGCUCAAAAAAGUGCUCCAAAAAUGUCCAACACAGCUAGUUUUACUUGUCUCAACUGCAGCGUUCGCUUCCAGAAUGCGGAAAUGCAACGGGAACACUACAAAACCGACUGGCAUCGGUACAACCUGAAACGGAAGAUAGCGGAGCUUCCCCCUGUGAGCAUUGAGGAGUUCGAAAAGAGGAUAAACCAGCAGAAGAGUGCUGAUGCGGCCUCUCUGGAAGACCAGUCCUUGUACUGCAAGGCGUGCAAGAAGCUAUUCAAGUCGAAGAACGCCCACGAUAACCAUCUGGACAGCAGGAAGCACAAGGACAAUCUGAAGGGUUUCCUGGAACAGAAUGGUGGGGCGUCGGAGGAGGACGUUUCCGAAAAGUCUACCCGGCCGAAGAAGGAAUUCGUCGUUGUUGAUGGGGAAGCCAUGGAUGAAGAUGAGGAGGAUGAGGAUGACGACUGGGAGGAGGAAUGGGACAAUCCGAUCGAGAACAACGAUUGUCUGUUCUGCCCCAAUCACAGCGAAGAUCUAAUCAGCAACAUAAAACACAUGAGCGUGAAGCACUCGUUCUUCAUCCCGGAUGCGGAGUACUGCGUGGACGUGGAGGGAUUGUUGGGCUACCUGGCGGAGAAGAUCUGCCGGGACUUCAUCUGCAUCUGGUGCAACGAGAAGGGCCGGACGUUCUACUCGCUGGAUGCCGUCAGGAACCAUAUGGUCGAGAAGGGACACUGCAAGAUGCUGCACGAGGGAGCGGCCCUGGCGGAGUAUGUGGACUUUUACGAUUACAGCGCAAGUUAUCCGGAUCAUGGUGACGAGAUGGACAUCGACGAAGAGCUGGAAGGCCCCCAGGUGCUGGAUGGUGAUGAUUUCCAAAUGGUGCUUCCGUCCGGGGCCGUUAUUGGCCAUCGUUCGCUGCUGCGCUACUACAAGCAAAAGAUCAAUCCAAAUCGCGCGGUAGUGGUCAAGAAGUCCACGCAACGACUGCACAAGGUCCUUGCGGAAUACCGGGCGCUCGGAUGGACGUCUACACAGCAGGAAGCGGCUGCCCGGAAUGCUCGCGAUAUGCACGUCAUGAAACGACAGCAGGCUAAACUGGUUCAGCAGAUAGGGGUCAAGGCCAACAAACUGCAGAAGCACUUCCGAGUGCAGUGCAACUUCUAAAUUUGUGCGUUAACAAUGAAACAGUUGAAUAAAUUCCUUAAAACGUGGUUGUAAACAUUUA